AUGGUGCCGCUGGGCAUUUGCCAAGUUGCUGCUAUUAUCAGCUUGGCUUCUGCGGAAACUGUUUCUGUAACGUUCAAUUCGCUCUACGACGACCCCUCUCGUUCGCUGAGUGAAGUCGCUUGUUGGAGAAAGGGCACCGGAUUCAUGCCUAACUUGGACUGGAAGAUUCAGAAAGAUGCAUUGGACUUUAUUGGAAUCGACGCAAUUCGUGGCUCCAGUGAUGCUCAGUGCUUCUCCUGCUGGAAGCUCGAGUAUGGUGAUGAGCAUGUAUCACUGUUUGCAAUUGACGGAGCCGACUCGGGCUUUGUUCUCUCUCUGAACGCUAUGCAGUCUCUUACAGGCGGCCAGGCUCGCGAGCUAGUCCGGAUUGAUGUGGAGGCAACUCAAGUCGACGUGUCUAACUGCGGCGUAUCUGCAGCUGAACUCCAUAAAUACGACUUCUAG